GCCAUUCAGCGUUUGGGUCAAGACGAAGGCGGGUUCUGGACAGACGUACGCUGUCAGGGAUUGUUUACUUUGCCUCCACUUCUGUUCCUCCCCGCCCUGGUGCUGCUCCGGGUCACAUACUCGUCCUGAGCCAGCUUCAGCCUCUCCGCGCAGAAGUCUCCCGGAGCCGACUUCUGCGAGUCGAGUACUCUUAUGUGAAGUCUACCAAGCUCGUGUUCAAGGGAACCAAGGCGAAGAGGCAAGAUGGAAAGAAAGUAUCAAGGAGUGAGCUGAAGCCACUGCCCUUGAGAACCCUCUCGAGGAGUCUGGGCUCAUGAAGAUGCCAGAAUAAGUGGCAGGUAUAUCCUGAAUGAAUGUGAGAUUUUUACUCUGUGAAUUUCCUAUGAGAAGUGUAAGAAGAAAAAGAGCAAAGAUAAGAAGAGAAAAAGAGAAGAAGAUGAAGAAACCCAGCUUGAUAUGUUGGAAUCUGGUGGACAGUAACAAACUUUGGUGAAAUUUCAGGAACCAUAGCCAUUGAAAUGGAUGAGGGAACCUAUAUACAUGCACUCGACAAUGGACUUUUUACCCUGGGAGCUCCACACAAAGAAGUUGAUGAGGGCCCUAGUCCUCCAGAGCAGUUUACGGCUGUCAAAUUAUCUGAUUCCAGAAUCACCCUGAAAUCUGGCUAUGGAAAAUAUCUUGGUAUAAAUUCAGAUGAACUUGUUGUUGGGCAUUCAGAUGCAAUUGGACCAAGAGAACAAUGGGAACCAGUCUUUAAAAAUGGGAAAAUGGCUUUGUUGGCCUCAAAUAGCUGCUUUAUUAGAUGCAGUGAAGCAGGGGACAUAGAAGCAAAAAGUAAAACAGCAGGAGAAGAAGAAAUGAUCAAGAUUAGAUCCUGUGCUGAAAGAGAAACCAAGAAAAAAGAUGACAUUCCAGAAGAAGACAAAGGAAAUAUAAAACAAUGUGAAAUCAAUUAUGUAAAGAAAUUUCAGAGCUUCCAAGACCACAAACUUAAAAUAAGUAAAGAAUACAGUAAAAUUCUUAAAAAGGCUCAGAAAGAUGGAUUUUUGCAUGAAACGCUUCUGGACAGGCUAUGAGCAGAGAUGGACGAGGUGGCUACAAUAAUGGAUCAAGGCUAUGAGCAGAGAUGGAUGAGUCAUCGGCUGUAAUGGAUUAAGGCUAUGAGCAUCUUGUGAAGUAGGAUGUUAAAUCUGUAAAUGUCAGAAUGAAUCCAAACUUACCAAUUCAAAAUUGGAUUGUAAAACAGCUCAAAAAAGACUGAAAACACAGCUCUACACUUUAGGAGGCUGAGUCAGGCAGAUUGCUUAAGUUCAAGAGUUGGAGACAAGUCCAGGAAACAUGGAAAAACCGUCUCAACAAAAAAAAUAUAUAUUUCUAAUGAGCUGAGUAUGGUGGUAUGAGCCUGUGGUCCCAGCUUUUCAGGAGGCUGAGGUGAGAGGAUUGCUUGAGUCCAGAAGGUAGAGGCUGCAGUGAGCUCUGAUCACGCCACUGCAUUCCAGCCUAGGUGACAGAGUGAGACCCGUCUCAAAAACAAACAAACAAAAAUAACAAACAAAAACAGCUCUAAACGAAAGUGGCUAGAAAAGUAGCUCAAGUUGUUCCUGUCUGGUUAAAUAGAAACAUAAAUGAAUUACUUAUGUGCCCCAGUGGCUUCAUAAUGCUGAGAACAAAGUCAAUUAUUCUAACAGAUUCUAGAAAACUUAUAUCAUGGGGUUCAAUGAAUAUAUCAAAUCAUAAAUAUAAUAAUCAAAUCUGAAAGUGAAUCUAGUUUCAAAGACCUCAAAAGCCAGUGUUUAGGAAGCUCUUUUCCGAUAGAGACAAGGGAUUAUUUGACUUCUUAUCUCUGUUGUCUAGCACAAUGUCCAGAACACAACAGAUAUUCCAUAUGCACAGUCACAUCCUAUGUAUGUGUAUUUCUUUUCCAGCAAGGACUAGAGGUCCUAAGCUUUGUUUAUAUGGUGAGCCAGUGCCCCAAUGAGCAGCAGAAUCUUAGCACAGUCACCUACACACUCAUUUCAAUGCUCUGGCCCCUUAUCCAAGCUAGUCAAAGUGUGGUCUAUGGUUUUUCAUUGCAAGGGAUCCCUGGGUGAAUCUUGUGUCUGUCAAAGGAGGAGAAGCACUGCCCUCAAAAUAUAGAAAAGGUGAACUAAUUUAUCCAGGCAGCCUGGCUAUUUAUUCAAGUAUUUAUUUAUCUUGUUGAUGGGAAGAUUCAAACUGACAUACACAAUCACCCUCAUAAGGAUUUCAGGUAAAAAACAAACAAAGGUUUAGAUAUCAGAUGUGUUUUAGAAUUACCGCACCAGUCUUUUUAUUACAGAAUCUAGUAGCAUAUUUCCAAUAGAUCUAGGUGAAAAUUUCUAUCUCAUGAGCCUUCUGUCGGUAUUUUUAAAAUUGGAUACUCUAUUAGUGGCCAAAUUGAAUCUCUUACAGACAUCUCACUCAAACUGUAGUCAUACUUUCCAAUAGGCCCCAUAAAAAUCCUUCUUCUGGAGCAAUCUAAUAUAUUUAUCCACCUCUUUAGACACUUAGGUAAGUAUAAUAAUACAAGUUUUGUGUGUGUGUGUGUGUGUGUGUGUAGUGUGUACCUUGUGGCCUUUUGUCCAGUUUCUGCAACACCUGAUGCUGAGGCAAGUUUAAUGUAAAUAACAUCCAGCAAUGUUAGAAAUGUUGACUUUUAUUUGCCCAUCAGGGAAAAAAAGGUGAAUGUCAUUGUAGAGGAAAUUUUCAUUCUGGAAAAAAUGCCUACUGUUUGAAUAUUACUUUCAUGCUUUCCACAGAUAUUAUAUUGCAAGGAUUAUGUUUCAAAGUCAUCAAAAAUAGAAAAUACAUUUUAUAUUUCUAGCUGAAAAUAAUAACAGUAAUUAGCCUACCUUUGGGGAAAUGUGAUAAAAAUACUAAUGACCAUCACAACUCAUUAAAAGCAUAAAAUGUGCAAUGAUUUAAACUACAUGUUAUUUCUAUGAAUCUGCGUAGAAAUGUAGACACAUUUGAUAAAUGCCAUUUAAAGUCUGAGUGCUUUGGUAAAUGAUUCAUCUAUAGGUUGAAGGGAUUACUUUUAUCUGCCUUCAUAGUGAGAAUUAGAUUUCUGUUCUUUAUAAAGCAGGGAAUACAGAUUGUGCAAGGAGUAAAAGCAUUCAAUCCUUAUUAAUAAUGAUGGUAGCUGAGCUGCAGAAAAGAAAGCCUGUCAGAGUAACGUGUUCAGUUUUACAUCAUAAUCAGAGUGUGUCCAUCUCUGUUGAAGGCAGAAUUAAAAACGCCUUCAACAUUUUUAAAAUAAUAGAUGAAAAACAUCUCAAAGUCACUUUUAAAAUUUGAAUUGAUGAUUCCACAUAACAGGAAAAGGACCAGGAACAUCUUAAAUACUUCACGAUGGAAGUGAUGUUUUCAGUGUAAUUUCAUCAAGGAGAAGUUUUUCCAGAAAGUCUUUUGACCUCAGUAAGAAGCUUAUUUACUCUGGUAAAUAGUUUCUAGUAAGAUGAGAAAGACUUGAUUUUUUAAAAACAAUUAAAAAUUUACAUUGUUUAAUGUUGUGAUUUCGAAAGUACUACUUUUGCCCUUAUAGUUACGCAUGUGUAUUUAUAUGCAUUUUCUUGGUUCAUUCAAACGCCAAUAAAAUACUUUACUAUCCAGGCCCCUUAAAA